GAGCAACUGUGGACUUACAGAUCAAAUACUACAAGUGCAACUUAACGAUAAUUUCGAAACCAAGGGACAUGAUCUUCACAAUUGUAAACAGUCAAUCAGUUGUUUUUUAAAAAUGUCAGCUUCUGUUCUCAAUAAACAGACACCAAGCUUUGAAGAACUGCUCGACUUUGUUUCUGAUAUAAUGUCUGAGUUUACAAGCAUGAGGGUCUUCGACGCUUUACAUUUCUUCAUCUACCAGAGAUGUUUAUCGACAAUUAGCUCUACUCUAAACAAGGGAGAUCGACUGAAGUUUUUCUCUUCUCUUUUACAACUUAACUAUAUUGACGAGACGAUGAAAUACUUACAAGAUGAAAACUUUCUCGAUACAACAGCACCAGGUUUUACAACGCCUUUAGUCCGUGAUAUGUUGAGUCUUUUGUGCGAUGGUAGUCAUUACUCUUCAGAUUUCGCUAUGCGCUUGACCGAGUUGAACAUCCUAAAUAUAUUCACUGACUUUCUUCAAUCAAUCCAAUAUGUUCAGAAUGCAAAUACCCGAUUUAUUACAAAAAUCGUAAUCCUUACUCUACACAACAUAGCACGGAGGGAAGGUGCUAAAAAAUAUUUUACUAGUAGCAACACAACCGAAGCUGUACUGAGCACAAAAUCCAUGGGCAAAAAGACUUGGUUUAUAUCACAGCUUCUACUUCUGCUAAUCGAGGCAGGCUUUAUUGCAGAAAAAUGGGUAUUAGAAAAGUUACUUCUUGCGGUAAAAGGGGAGGAUAAGGAACUAUCUGAAUGGCAAUAUUCUGAGCUGCUUCAAGGACUGAGUAAAUUUACAGAGCAAGAUCAAUACUUGAACCAGAUCAUACCAUGCCUUCCAGACCUCAAAGAGAUUCUCAAACAUGACGAUAUAGAAGAACAUAUUUUUACUACAAAAUGUUUUAAAGACUUGAGUAGAAAUCCGGAGGCGUGUAAAAAAAUGAUAGGAGAUGAAACAUUAAUUAGUGAUUUGUUCAAUAAAUCAUUAAGCAUGGAUAACAGGAGUAUUUCAGCAAAUGUACAUUCUAUACGAUGGAGAACGGGACGUGCAACAGGAAGAUUACCACCCAAAGCAGAAUUCCUAGUGUCUGACGAGUUUCCGACAGAAUUUAAAAUUAUUCCGACACCGUUAGCACAGGGAGGUUUUGGUAGCGUCCACUUUGUCAUCGAUAUCAACCAGCCUGAUGAUGUACAAUUUGUUGCAAAGAAAACGUUGCGAAAACUAAGUGGCACAGACAAAUGUAUGGAAACUUUUCAAAAAGAAGCGUCGAUAUUAAUCAGUCUCAAACAGGAGAGGAUUGUACAAUUUCACGGAUUUCAAAAAACCGAAACUGAAUUAUUGUUAUUUUUGGAGUUUGUCAAAAUGGGUACACUUACUGCCUUUGUUAAACAACACACAAGACUAAAUGAAGCUUUGACAAGACAGUUUACAAUUCAAAUUCUUGAAGGCGUUAAAUACUUGCAUGAAAAUAAAAUUGUGCAUUUAGACAUUAAAGGCAACAAUAUUCUGAUGGCUGAUGAAGCAAACAUAAAACUAACAGACUUUGGCUUGUCGACAAUACUAAACGAGGAAGAAGGAGUUGAAGCAGAAAAGGGCACAACUCGAUACAUGGCCCCAGAGAUGAUUAACUGCCCUGAAGGGAGAAUAUUUAAAUAUGAAAUUAGCCUGGACAUAUGGAGUGUAGGAAGCACUGUUGUAGAGAUGGUAACAGGCGUACCACCAAACUCAACUACUGCAUCGGUCAAUGUAAUAUUUAAAAGAGCGAAUCUUGAGAAACCUAAAUACAAUCUACCAGUAGAAUCAUCCAUUUAUUUGCAACAGUUUCUAGAAAAAACAUUUAGACUUGAAGCAGCAGAAAGACCGUCUGCAGAAACUUUGCUGAAGGAAGACGCGUUUGUGACUGGUUGCAUAUAAUUCACUGUUUACAUUGGGUAUAACAUCAGUGUAAUUAUAAUUUUUGUUUGGAUGAACUAUUUUUGCCUAUUUAAUUACAAUUUUAAUUAAUCUUCUAUCAUUUAACGAAUCUGUUAUGUAUUCAACUGCAGUUUUCUUUUAUUUAGAUUUUAUUUAAUACAGUUUUUCCAUUACAAUUGCAAAACGUAUAAGUUUAAAUGACUGAGAUAAACCUAUUUUUAUUAAAGACUUGUUAAAACACAGCUGUAUUCACAUUUCAAUAUAUAGGCUACACUAGUAUUUUUUAAACAAUUAAUUCCUUUAUUUCUUGUCGGUUACUAUAAUUUUUGAUUCAACGAACCUAAAUAUACAAUAGGCCUACUAUUCCAGUCGUUGUAUCAAUAUCUUAAACAUUAAAAACAAACAACUAUAUAGGGGUCUUCCAUAAAUGAUGGCACACGUGUAUGUGGGAUGGGGGUCCGUAGUUUUGUGACGGUGUGAGAUUAGGGUGCGCGGAGGUUCAGAUGGUUUGGCGUCGCACCAACAGAGUUUAGACAAGAUUUUGGAAAAAAAAUAUCGAUGUUUUAAAUUAAGAAAUAUUAAACUGCAAGUUUGAGAGGGGGGGGGGGAUGAUUGUAGAGUCCAAAAAACGUGACGUCAUUUAUGUAUGACACCAUAGGCAUACUGUACUUGUAACAUGUUCGUGGAUUUUUUUUAACCAGUUAAACAACGCAAAUCGGCUUAUUGUGCAUGAUUAAACCUAGUAAAACAUAUUGUGUAACAU